AAAUAAUGCACUACUGCUGCUGAUAUAGUGUUAUCACUUUUAAUGUACUCUGCUGUGCUCUCCUUUUUAUUUGUUUGUUUGUUCUAUCUAUUAGGCAUUUCACAUGAAUAUCUGCACUUAUUUCCGCCAUGUGAGAGACCUUGAAUUUUGUUCCAUGUGACCAGAUAUCUAGCCCAUCAUUCUCAUUACAGUAUAUUUAUUAAAUGCUGGCAAUCAUCAUCAAAUCGGUAUUUCAAGAAGGUGUGGACAGCCGAGAGAUAGUGCAUUGAAGAGAGUAAUGGUGGAACCAAAGUUGUUAGAAAAUCCAAAAGUUGAGGCAGAAACACCUGUUGAGAUAGAAUUGGAAGUGAAAACAAAACCAGAGGUGGGACUUGAAGCUGAAGAUGAAGCAGAAGCUAAAACGAAAGCUGAAGCAGAAGCAGAAGCGGAUGAACUAACGUGCUUUGACAAAUCUCUUCAAGAACUCAAGGACUUGCGUUCUCAGCUAUAUAAUGCUGCUGAUUAUUGCCAAGCAACUUUCAAGAAUGCAACACAUAAGCAGAUGGUGAUAAACAAUACCAAACAGUACUUAUGUCACGCUAUAGUCACAGUUGUUGAUCAUCUUGGUAGCGUCUCAGCUAAUCUCAACCAGCAGGUUUCAGCAGCAGAUUUCGUUUCUGAAACAGAAAUCAGAAUGGUCAACUUGAAACAAAAACUUUCCACUUGUCAACAAUAUACUCAAAAGCUAGCUUUGCAUAAAGUAAGCUGGCGUGCAGAAUUUCCACAGUAUCAUCCCCGGUACAUAAUGCAGCCUAUGCCUAUUCUUCGACGAUCAAAUGCAAUGUUGAGGGAGCCAAGUGAUGUGGAUAAUGGCAAGGCCAGAAUAAUCAAGAAAGAGCGCGACACAAAGACAGAAGGAUCAUUGGUCUCGUUCAAAUAUAAACCACUUCUCUUUGAUUCUUCAAAUCUUUCAAAAUUAAGUGGCUUUUCGAAACCAGGGUUACUGGCUGAAAAUGGCCUAGUCAUUCAGCCAAAAUCUCAACAUCAAUUAUCUCAGUUUCAGGAGAAACGGAAGAUCAAGCACAGAGUACUAAAUUGGAAGCCCAAGGAAAUGAAUGACCUUGUGUCCCUCAUUAAGUGGAAAAGGAUGACAUAAUUGGCUUUUAACCUUUUUCUUCAAUAUAUAUUCUAUCUGUAAUUAGGGAACCUAAUUUUUUUUGUUAAUGCAGCUUUUAUGUCAAGUGUUUCUGGUUUAUUA